AGAGAAAGAGAUGAGAGAGAGAGACUGAGAGACACAGAGAGAUCUUCCAUCCACUGUUGUACUUCUCAAAUGCCUGCAGCAGCUGGGACUGGGCAAGCCGGACCAAAGCCAGGAACCUGUAACUCAAACUGGGUCUCCCAGAGCUUGGGUUCAGAUCAACCCCCACAUCUGCGGUGUUCCCUGUGGAGAGGCACUGUUUGAAAGACCGUUCCUCACAGAGCCGAGAGCGAUGUCAUCACAGAGGCUGCCCCGUGAGCUCCAUACCUUCCAGGGCAUGCUCUUGCCCACCACAUCUUCAAAAGAGCUUCUCAAUUCCCUCGAUUCUUUCGACGCGAGAGAAGAUGAUGUGUUUCUGGUUUCCUAUCCAAAAUCUGGUACUCACUGGGUUGCAGAAAUCAUUGAGAAUAUUCCCAGCGCUAGAAUUACCCUCACACCUCCUAUCGAAUUGGGAGACAUUUCCAGACUUGAAGAGCUAAACAUGUAUUCUGGGAGAAGGGUAAUUCCAACGCACUUGAGCUACAACCUGAUACCCUUGGAUGUUAAACAAAAGCAAUGUAAGAUUAUCUACAUUGUGAGGAAUCCGAAAGACACAGCUGUUUCUCUCUUCCAUUACUACAGAGAUAACCCCCGCCUUCCCAGUGUGGAAACCUGGGCUGCAUUUUUAGAGCUGUUCCUACAAGGAGAUGUUGUGUAUGGAUCCUGGUUUGAUCAUGUUUUAAGCUGGGAAGAGCACAAAAAUGACAAAAAUGUUCUAAUUAUAUUCUACGAAGAAAUGAAGAAAGAUCUUCCUAAGAAUAUAAAGAAAAUAACAACUUUUCUUGGCAUAAACGUGAGUGACAGUGACAUUAAUAAGAUUGCCUGGAAAGCAUCAUUCAAUGAAAUGAAAACUAAUGCAAUCAAAGAAAACUGUGACCCCAAUCAUACCAUCUGUGCACUCACAUCUAACCGGAGCCUGGUAUUCCGGAAAGGAGUGGUGGGUGAUUGGCUAAACUACUUUACUCCAAGACAGAAGAAAGCAUUUGAUGCACUAUUCACGGAGAAAAUGAAACACAGCGAACUGGCAAGACGCUUGCAGGAGUACUCGACAUAAAUGGGAAAGGAAACCAGUUUUCAUUUAUGCAAUGUGGUGCUUGGGGACUAUGUAAAUAUUUUCACCCGCGUGGAAAGCAGUUAUUACUUUCAAUGAGGAACAGAUACUUUAUGAAUGUGUCAAUCGCAUCUUGUGUGAGCGAUGGUUAUUAUUAUAUUCAGUGCUAGGAGAGUUAUUAAUGAAAGGAAGUAUAGCAUUUUUGAAAGGCUCAAAUACAUAUUAGGUUGCAGGAUGUUCAGUAAGACAAGGGAUUAGUUCUCUUCAGGAAGAGCAUGUUAAUGGAUUGUUCUAUAAACUGCAGGAAUGGGUUACAAAAGAGGUGAGGGAUAAUCUAAAAUAUCACAGUGUGUGGCAAGAACUUCUUUUCUAUUUAUCUGGACAAUCAUGACCUUGAGAAAAACAUUUUUAUUUCAACCUUUAUUUCAACGUUUCCCCAGUGCCUGUGCAGAAGUGUGCUCCGGUGUCAUGAGAGUGAGAAACAUGAUCUUUCUACAGUGAAAGCGCGUGCUAGGUAGAUUCUCUCGAUGACCGCAUUCCAAUACGUGCCCACAAGGAAGGAAAGACAUUCUUGUAUUAAUGCUGACUUGGCAUUCUAGUAUUUUCUUUCAUCAAAUCAGCUGAAUUACAAAAUUUCUUAUUUUCCAGUUUAAAAAAAAUACAAUUUUGGGGGCUGGCACUGUGAUGUAGCAGGCAAAGCUGCUGCCCACCAUGCCAGCAUCCCGUAUGGACACUGAUCUGUAUCAUGGCUGCUCCACUUUUUUUUUUUUUUUAAUAAUUGUUUGCUUAUUUGAAAUACAGAGUUACAGAGAGUCAAAGGGGGAGAGAGAGAGAGAGAGAGAGAGAGAGAGAGAGAGAGAGAAAGGCCAGAGCUUCGCCAAUCUGAAGCCAGGAGCCAAGAGCUCCUUCUGGGUCUCGUAUGUGGGUGCAGGGAACCCAAGGACUUGGGCCAUCUUCUACUGCUUUCCCAGAAGCAGAGCAUCAGGGACUCGAACUGGUGCCCAUAUGGGAUGCCGGCAGUGUAGGUGGUGGCUUUACCCGCUACCCCACAGAGCCACAUCCCUGCUCCACUUAUGAUCCAGCUCCAUGCUAAUGGCUUGGAAAAGCCACAGUGCAUGGCCCAAGUGCUUGGGCCCCAGGCACCCAUGUGGGAGACCUGGAUGAAGUUCUUGGCAUUGGCCUGGCCCAGCCUCAGCUGUUGAGACCAUCUGGGGAGUGAAGCAGCAGAUGGAAGAUUUUUCUUUCUGUCUCUGUCUCUCUCUCUCUCCCUACCUCCCUCUAUAACUCUGACUUUCAAAUAAAUAGGUAAAUCUUUAAAAAAAAUAGAACUUUCCUUGAAGUCUUUAUUAUUCUUUAAAGUAUGAAAUAUUGAAUAUGCCUAAUUCCUCCCGGAAGCAUUUUCAAUAUUAAUUCAAUCUCCACAAUUCUUUCUCUUGUAAUGACUAUUAUUUCUGAGCUAUAGCCUAGGGAACAUUGUAAUGAAACUUCAGUGAACUUAUUUUAGGAUUAUUUAUUACCUAAGUGAUGAUAUACAAAUUAUGUCACAGCUUACAUCUGCCAUGGUUUCUCAUUCAAGGCUGAAUGGGAAAUCAAAAGUGCAUAUUGUGUUUGACUCUAAGCUCUGAACUCAAAGCAAUGGACUGAGUUACUUCCAACACUUUGAUUUUGUACCUUACCGUAUGAUAAAUCUAUGCAAAUUUUUAGCAACAAGUAUAUUUGCAAUCUUUUCUAUCAGAUUUAUCAUAAUUCAGUAAGGAAUGCGAUCUUCAUAAAUCUCUGUAUAUACAGUUUUGUUACAAAUAAACAUUUUUCUUUCAGCCUCA